AUGAGUGUUCCUGACUACAUGCAGUGUGCUGAGGACCAUCAGACUCUCCUGGUUGUGGUUCAGCCGGUUGGCAUUGUACCCGAAGAGAGCUUUUUCAGGAUCUACAAGCGUAUUUCAGCAGUGAGUCAAGUUAAUGUGCGUGACUCUCAGCGUGUGUUGUAUAUCCGUUAUAGGCACCAUUAUCCCCCAGAGAACAACGAAUGGGGGGAUUUUCAGACGCACCGGAAAGUUGUGGGGUUGAUAACUAUUACAGACUGUUCUUCUGCAAAGGACUGGCCUCAGACUUUUGAAAAAUUCCAUCUUCAAAAGGAAAUGUAUGGUUCUACUCUCUAUGAUUCCCGGUUGUUUGUCUUUGGGCUUCAAGGAGAGAUUGCGGAACAACCCCGCACAGAUGUGGCAUUUUAUCCCAGUUAUGAUGAAUGCGAAACUGUGGAGAAGAGAAUAGAAGAUUUUAUUGAAUCCCUCUUCAUAGUGUUGGAGUCUAAGCGGCUUGACAGAGCCACUGAUAAGUCUGGAGACAAGAUCCCGCUCCUGUGUGUUCCUUUUGAGAAGAAGGAUUUUGUAGGUCUGGACACAGAUAGUAGACACUAUAAGAAGCGUUGUCAAGGCCGGAUGCGGAAACAUGUUGGUGACCUGUGUUUACAAGCUGGCAUGUUACAAGAUUCCUUGGUGCAUUAUCACAUGGCGGUGGAACUUCUGCGAUCUGUGAAUGAUUUUCUGUGGCUUGGAGCUGCUCUUGAGGGGUUAUGCUCAGCAUCAGUCAUCUAUCAUUAUCCAGGUGGUACUGGAGGUAAAGUUGGAUCUCGCAGGGCGCAAGGAGGUUCUCUUUCUGCUGAGGCAGGCAACAGGCACAGACCAGGGGCACAAGAAGUUCUCAUUGAUCCAGGUGCGCUGACUUCAAAUGGUAUAAAUGCAGAUACCAGCGCUGAGAUAGGACGUGCCAAGAAUUGCCUUAGUCCUGAAGACAUCAUAGAUAAAUACAAAGAAGCCAUUUCUUACUAUGGCAAGUACAAGAAUGCUGGUGUGAUUGAACUGGAAGCCUGCGUGAAGGCAGUGAGAGUUCUUGCAAUACAGAAAAGGAGCAUGGAAGCCUCUGAGUUUCUUCAGAAUGCAGUUUAUAUCAAUCUUCGUCAGCUUUCAGAAGAAGAAAAAAUCCAGCGUUACAGCAUUCUUUCUGAGCUGUAUGAACGUAUUGGUUUUCACCGAAAGUCUGCUUUUUUCAAGCGUAUAGCAGCAAUGCAGUGCGCUGCCCCCAGCAUCCCAGAACCCGGGUGGAGGGCCUGCUACAAAUUGCUUUUGGAAACUCUCCCGGGCUAUAGCUUAUCAUUGGAUCCUAAAGAUUUCAGCAAAGGAACUCAUAGAGGAUGGGCUGCAGUACAGAUGCGGUUGCUUCACGAACUAGUAUAUGCUUCCAGAAGAAUGGGCAAUCCUGCUCUGUGUGUCAGGCAUCUGUCAUUCCUUCUCCAGACCAUGCUGGAUUUUCUUUCUGAUCAAGAAAAGAAAGAUGUGACACAGAGCUUGGAAAGCUACACAGCAAAAUGCCCUGGUACAAUGGAAUUCAUCACUCUUCCAGAUGGUUUGAAGUUACCUCCUGUUCCGUUCACCAAAUUGCCUAUUGUGAGAUCUGUGAAGCUCUUGAACCUCCCGACCAGUCUCCGACCUCACAAAAUGAAAAGUCUACUUGGUCAGAAUGUGUCGACCAAAAGCCCCUUCAUAUAUUCUCCAAUUAUUGCGCACAGUCGUGGGGAAGAACGAACUAAGAAAAUAGAUUUCCAGUGGGUCCAGGGAGAUGUAUGUGAAGUUCAGUUGAUGGUGUACAACCCUAUGCCUUUUGAGCUCCGAGUAGAAAACAUGGGACUAUUGACAACAGGAGUAGAAUUCGAAUCUCUUCCUGCAGCUCUUUCUCUACCUGCAGAAUCUGGUCUCUAUCCAGUAACUCUUGUUGGUGUUCCUCAAACUACCGGACAAAUCACUGUCAAUGGUUACCAUACUUCAGUUUUUGGAGUCUUCAGUGACUGCCUUCUGGACAAUCUGCCAGGAGUGAAGACCAAUGGCUGUACUGUUGAAGUCAUUCCAGCUUUGCCAAGGCUGCAGAUCAGUACCUCCCUUCCCAGGUCUGCUCAUACACUUCAGCCUUCUUCAGGGGACGAAAUCUCUACUAAUGUGUCUGUCCAGCUUUACAAUGGAGAGACUCAACAGCUCAUCAUUAAGUUAGAAAAUAUUGGAACAGAACCACUGGAAAAACUAGAGGUCACAGCGAAAACAGUCAACACUAAGGAGAAGCUGUAUGGGGACUUCCUGAGUUGGAAGUUAGAAGAUACCCUCUCCCAGUUUCCUCUAAAACCUGGGAAGAUCGCAACAUUUACUGUAAACAUUAAAGUAAAGCUGGACUUUUCAUGCCAAGAAAACCUUCUGCAGGAUCUCAGUGAUGAUGGAAUCAGUGUUAGUGGACUUCCGCUCUCCAGUCCUUUUCGGCAGGUUGUCAAACCAAGAGUAGAGACGAAACCUAUUAAUCCACAAGAAAGCAGCAAGGUUGGUGACUUCAGUCAUAUGAAGACACUGGAAGCCAUUUUGAAUUUUAAAUACUCUGGUGGACCAGGACAUGUUGAAGGAUAUUACAGGAACCUUUCACUAGGCCUUCACGUAGAAGUAGAGCCAUCUGUUUUCUUUACACGUGUCAGCACCCUUCCAGCAACAAGCACCCGGCAAUGCCACCUACUUCUUGAUGUCUUCAAUUCUACAGAACAUGAGCUGACCAUCAGUGCUAGGAAUAACGAAGAUUUAAUUCUGCAUGCUGGGGAAUGUCAGCGUAUGGCUAUCCAAGUUGACAAGUUCAAUUUUGAGAGCUUCCCAGAAUCCCCUGCUGAUGGGACACACUUUGCGAAUACAAAGCAGCUGGAAGAAGAAAGGCAACAAGCAAAAGGUCUGGAGAUUAACAGCAAGCUGGAUAUUUGCUGGAAAAUUCCUUCCUUGAAGCGUGAAGGAGAAGCAAGUGUGGAAGGCGUUCUUAAUCAACUGGUCCUGGAGCAUCUACAGUUGGCUCCUCUCCAGUGGGAUAUCCUUGUUGAUGGCAAGCUUUGCGACUGCGAUAUCGUGGUGGACUGCAAAGUGGGGGACCCCAUCCCGCUGGAGGUGAAGUUGACCAACUGGAGUAAACACAGCGUGGGGCCCUUCGCUCUCACCGUGACGCCCUACCAGGAUUACCAAAAUGGGGUGCACAACUAUGAGCUGCAAGAUGCUAUCACCUUUGUGGGAUCCAACACCUUCUACAUCGAUUCAGUGAAGCCGACCAAAGACUCUGUGUACUUUGGAGCACUUCUCUUUCUCUACACUGGCGAUUUCUACCUGAAUAUCAAAUUCCAUGAAGACAACUGCAGCAGGGAGCUGCCUCUGUCCUGGUUCUGCCUCCCUAGUGUCCACAUCCGUGCUAUGGAGCCUACGGUCCAAGCUAAGCCGUAA